GAGGACACAUGCCGACGGCAGGACUUCAACCCCAGUGAAUACGAUCUGAAGUUUCAGAGGACUGUGCUCGACCUCUCUCUCCAGUGGAGAUUUGCCAACUUGCCUAACAAUGCCAAGCUAGAGAUGGUGCCUGUGUCCCGCAGCCGUGAGGGGCCUGAGAACAUGGUUCGAAUUGCAUUACAGCUGGAUGAUGGCUCCAGGCUGCAGGACACUUUUUGUUCCCGCCAGACACUCUGGGAGCUCCUCAGCCAUUUUGUACAGACUAGGGAGCGUCUGCAGCAGCUGGAGGAGAGGACUCCCGUCUGUGUGUACAUGAGGGAUGAGGUGACCGGUAGAGCUGCCCUGCAGAGCACGACGCUUCAGUCCCUGGGCCUCACGGGCGGCAGUGCCACUAUCAGGUUUGUCAUAAAGCAGUGUGACACCACGGGCAAACAGGAGCCCAUUGCAGUCAGGAGCAAGCCCCCAGGAAGUCCAACCUCCUCCAUGUCAGCUGACCAGGCAUCUAGCAGCCCCUUGCUUCCUUUGAACUCUGGGGAGUUCAGCAGGGGAGACCUGAACCAUCAGGGUGAUGCCAGUACCUCAGGGAGCAGCCUUGGGAGCGGCUCAAAGCCAGCUGAUGCUUGGGCCAAGCAGAGCACAAAGGAGUCUGCGUCCGCCCCAUUUGUUCCCUUUUCUGGUGGGGGUCAGCGGCUGGGAGGCCCUUCUGGGUCCCUUCGACCUCUGACAUCAUCUACCAAGUCACCCAAGUCUUUCUCUGGCCCUGGGGGCCCUUCCAAGCCCAAGAAGUCAAAGCCUGGUGAGGAGCCUCAGCAGGAGCCAGAACCGCCCGUUGACCGAGAUCCUGUAGUAUGCCACCCUGACCUAGAGGACUUGCUGCAGCCCUGGCCAGCAGAGGUGCCUGAUGAGUUCUUUGAAGUGACCGUGGAUGAUGUGAGGAGACGCCUGGCCCAGCUCAAGAGUGAGCGGAAGCGCCUGGAAGAAGCUCCCUUAGUGACCAAGGCCUUCAGGGAGGCUCAGAUGAAAGAAAAACUGGAACGCUACCCAAAGGUAGCACUGAGGGUCCUGUUCCCCGAUCGCUACAUUCUGCAGGGCUUUUUCCGCCCUAGUGAGACAAUAGGGGACCUGCGAGACUUUGUCAGGAGCCACCUGGGGAAUCCCGAGCUCUCCUUUUACCUGUUCAUUGCUCCUCCCAAAAUGGUCCUGGAUGACCACACGCUGACUCUCUUUCAGGCAAACCUCUUCCCUGCUGCCCUUGUGCAUUUUGGAGCUGAAGAACCAACAGGUCUCUAUCUGGAACCUGGACUGUUGGAGCACACCGUCUCCCCAUCUGCGGCUGACGUGCUGGUGGCCAGGUGUAUGUCCCGGGCCACCGGGUCCCCACCUCUGCUGCCAGCCCCUGACCCUGUGUCCCUGGAGUCCGAACCAAUCGCUGAGGAGGGGGCAUUGGAGCCCCCAGAGCCCAUUCAAGGGGCAGCUCAGCCUGUGAGGAGAAGCCUAGGCAAAGUGCCCAAGUGGCUGAAGCUGCCAGCCGGCAAGAGGUGAGAGCUACCAGCCCAGAGAGGUCCAUCAUCAGCCACAAGACCCCACCCCACCCACCCCGAGCAGGAAUAAAGACUCGCGCUUCUCUCAA